AUGACGGCAGCAGCAGUGGACUUUGAAGAGCGACAUGUUCACUCGGUCUACGAAGCGAUAGCGUCCCACUUCUCGGCGACUCGCUACAAGCCAUGGCCACUCAUCGCCCGCUUCCUGGACACCUUGCCGCUCAGCAGCAUCGGCGCAGAUUGUGGCUGCGGCAACGGCAAAUAUCUCUCGCUUAGGGCAGGGAGCCUGAUCAUGCUGGGCACAGAUCGCUCACAAGGGCUGCUAGACAUUGCUGCAGAGCGCGGACACGACGCAGUGCGGGCUGACUGUCUUUCGCUGCCGUUCAGGGACGACAGCAUCGAUUUUGCCAUCUCGAUAGCGACCAUUCAUCACUUUGCGACUGAGGAGCGCAGGCUAGCGGCAAUUGAGGAGAUGCUGCGUGUCCUCGACAAACGCCAUGGCAAGCUCUUCAUCCAGGUCUGGGCCAAGGAACAGAAGGACGAGAAGCAGCUGUACAGAAGCUCAGGUGCGCAGGAGAAACGACUGCAGACUGCCGACGACGAGGCAGUUCUCUCUUCAGCGGGUGCAGAUGUGUUUGUGCCUUGGCAUCUUGACGUGGCGCAGAACAAGAGUGAUCAAGCAGAGGCGCGGGUCUAUCGGCGGUUUUACCAUCUCUUCGAAGACGGCGAGCUGUCCGACCUUGUUCAGCGCGCCAUUACGUCCUCCAAGGUCGACGCGCAAAUCGACGAAGCUGGCUGGGAGCGAGGAAACUGGUAUGCCAUUGCAACCAUCAAGGCCUGCUAA